AUGGACUGGGAAAUCAGAGAUGACUUCACUGAUGUUCUACAGUCCUUCCGCAGACUGGAUCUGAAAGAGGAUGAAGACAUGGAAAUGGAGCGGAUCAACUGCGGACCAGCGACAGCACAUGACAUAAACAGCAGAGGAAUCUGGAACUGUCCCCGAGCGACCAAGUAUAGUAAAGAAACACAGGAUAUGUUGAAAUUGAUGAUGCGAGAGUCAAGGCUCACAAACUUACAACAGAGAAAGAUCAACGACCAACUGGAAAAAGGGGGAGCUCUUCCAUUGAACUGUAACCCAAACUCCUCAGCUCCUCCACAGCCCAAACCCAAAAUUCAAAAAUCUGUCCUGCCUGGCAAACCACUACGAAGAAGCGCUGAGAAAUGUAGAGCAGGGGAUAAUUACACACGAGAGAAGUUUCGACCCAGCGCCACACGGGAUCUUGAGAAAGAGAAAAUGAGAUUGCAGAACCUGCUUGCCACAGGCCAGGAGAAUCCAAACCCCCCUCAGUCAGAGAUGGUGCCCAAAAAGAUGGCUGUCAAUGUGGAAGAGAGAGACAGAUUCCAAGAGGUUCUGGAUGAAAUUGAGGAGAGGAAAGAGUUUUUAGAGGAAAUGUUUGCACUUGGACAAGGCCACAAAUACCACAACCUCAUCAACACAGAGAUCUCCCAGAAAAUCCGGGAAUUAGAGAUGAUUGACAAGCCCCGCAAUGCAGAGAUGAACUGCCUAUGGAUGAAAGAGAAGGGGAAGCAGUGGGAAGCAGAGGAUGAAUGA